AUGAGGCGUUCGCCCCACUGUGCGCCGCCAGCAUACGCACCACCGCCGCCGCCACCAACAUACAAUAUAUACACGCCACCGCCUGUGCCACCAGUGCACAUGCCCCCGAUUGCGUACACGCCGCCGGUAUACACACAUCCGGGAUACACGCACCCGGGAUACACGCACCCGGGAUACACGCACCCGAGAUACACGCACCCGGGAUACACGCAUCCGGCAUACACGCACCCGGGAUACACGCACCCGGGAUACACCCUGCCGGGAUACACACCACCGGGAUACACGCCACCGGGAUAUAUGAACACGACAGGAAAUAUACCGACAUUCGUGCCAGGAGUAUGCCCCUAUACGUUGUAA